AUGAAGAUGCAGCAGAAUGCGUUUUCAGGGCGUACCCUCUCCUCCCCCGGCUCCGCUGAAGGGGAGAUACUCGCAAGUGAAGUCGCCCUCAGUUUCUGGGGAGGUGUGAAUCCUUCGACUGGCGUUGUGAUUGAUAGUCAUCACCCUCUGGCAGGAGCAUCUAUCAAAGGGAAGAUACUUGCAAUACCAGGUGGUCGUGGAUCAUGUACCGGGAGCGCAGUCACUCUCGAGUUGUUUUUGAGUGGAAGCAACCCCCACGCACUCAUAUUCAAGCGCGAGGAGAUGAUACUAACGCUGGGAGUUAUCAUUGCCCAGGAAAUGUUUCAAAAAACUAUUCCUGUUCUCCAAGUCGCUGACUCCACAUUCGACAUGAUCAUACACCUCAAAAAAGUGCAGAUCAUGGGAAACCAAAUCCUAGCGAUUGAUGACCUGUGCCAGCAGCCCGAGUUCAUAUCAACUCUACCAAUUCUUGAGUCAGACUUUUCCUCAAUUACACUGACCGAGCUUGAUCGCGAGAUGUUGAGCGGAGCGCAUGGAAUGGCGCCCCAGUUCGCGAUGAGAGUCAUUCUUCGAACGGCCUUAGUCCAAGGUGUCACAGAGUUAAUCGAUAUCAAACAAGCACACAUUGAUUGUUGCAUCUACACCGGCCCAGCAGUAUUAAAAUUUGCUCAAACCCUGCGCGAAUGGGGCGCGAAAGUUCGCAUCCCCACUACAUUGAAUUCAAUUUCGAUUGACAGGCGAUUAUGGCGAGUACAAGGUGUCGACCCGGCAAUCGCUGAGCCAUCUGAGCUAUUGGCACAGGCAUAUCUGGAUAUCGGAGCCAAAGCAAGCUUUACAUGCGCACCGUAUCAGCUGGAAAGCGCACCGAGCCUUGGAGACAAUAUUAUGUGGGCCGAGUCCAAUGCCGUGGUCUACGCCAAUAGCGUUCUCGGUGCCCGCACCAUCAAAUGUCCCGACUUCCUGGACGUCUGUGUUGCUUUGACUGGCCGAUCUCUAAAUACUGGGUGUCAUCUAACACAAUAUCGCAAGGCCGGUGUUGAAAUCCACUGCAAUGCGAUCGAGGGGUCCGAUGAUGCAUUUUUCCCUCUUCUGGGUUACCUCGUGGGUGAUAUCGCUGCAGAUCGAAUUGCGAUCGUUACAGGCCUUGAAAAAACUGUUCCCACGAGCUCGGAUCUCAAAGCAUUCGGGGCAGCGUUUGCCACCACCUCCAGCGCCCCCAUGUUCCACAUGGCGGGUAUCACCGUUGAAGCUCGCAGUGCAGAGGAAAUAAACGCACACUUGGAAGCAAUUCCAAAAUUUGAAGUCACACGUUCAGACUUGGCCAGACAAUGGUAUCUUUUCAAUGCCGGUGGAGUGAAGCAAAACACGCCAAUCGAUUUAGUCUCCCUUGGCAAUCCUCACUUCUCGCACGAGGAAAUGAAAACCCUUGCAGAUCUUGUCAGAAAUCACACCAAGGUCCCUGAUACUGCCUUGGUGGUGGCAUGCAAUCGCGAGAUAUACACCCAAGCUUGUAGAGAUGGGCUAAUCUCAACCGUGGAAGCCUUUGGGGGACAGAUCAUCACCGAUAGUUGUUGGUGCAUGAUCCAAGAGCCUAUUAUUCCAAGAGAGUGCCAGACUAUCAUGACCAACUCAGCAAAGUAUGCUCAUUAUGGUGCAGGACUGACUGGCCGACAAAUGCAUUUUGGAGGACUGGCUCAGUGUGUUGAGGCUGCCUGUUCGGGGCAGAUUCAGAAUGGUCUUCCUUUAUGGCUGGAAGAGACAAGAUAG